UAGAAAUCAAAACAAAACAACAUUGUUAUUUAUUAUGUCACAUUAUUCCAAAGAGCUUGAGCCGCAAAGCUAUCUAUAACUAUAUUAUACUACUACAUGACUACAAGUUUGUUGGAUUUUUUAUAGUUAUGCUGAAAAUAACGUAGAAUGUUCCUCAUGAUAAGUUGAAUCACAAUUGACAACAGAAAUAUGUUAUCCAAAAUAGUAACAAUUUUUGCAUUAUUUAGUUUAUUGUUUGUCAUGUAUGGGAUGUUAGUGAACAUACAAAAAAUAGAAGAAAAUAAAUGUAAAAUGACUUACAUGUUUGAAUACCCCCAAUUCGUGAAAAUAUUUUCUGCCGAAGACGUGAAAUUUCCCGUAUAUGGAUUGUACGCAUAUUCCGAAGGACGUCAUACAAUUGAUGUUAGAAACAUGAACUUCAACGGGGCACCAAUAAUUUUCAUCCAUGGUAAUGGGGGAUCGUUCAAGCAAGUUCGUUCACUAGCAUCCGUUGCUCUACGUAAAGGCAUCGAUAAUGAAUGGAAACAACACCUGGAUUAUUUUUCCGUGGAUCUUAAUGAGCAAUAUUCGGGUUUGUAUGGAGGAAUAUUAAACCAACAGGUAGACUACGUUGCGUUGUGCGUGAGAACCAUUCUUUCAUUAUACAAACGCCAUACUAGUGGACCAUCAUCUGUGAUGUUAGUUGGCCAUUCCCUGGGUGGAAAAAUAGCGCAAGCGGUGGCUGUAACCUCAGGAACGGCACCUUUAAUCAAUGCGAUUAUUGCGAUUUCCUCUCCUAUUGACACACCCGUUCUUAUGCUAGACCACUAUUAUCGAUAUUUUUAUAACUCAGUUCAUGAGAAAUGGAUACAGAACCGAACUAUUUUGAAAUCAUCAUAUCAUUCACCAAAACGACCACUGGAUCAUAUUUUGUUUGUGACUAUUGGAGGAGGUCUUCGAGAUACCAUGGUACACGAUGCGCUAACGGAUUCAGUAUUCAGCGAUUUACAUGCAAUGACUUAUAAUAUACCAAACGUAUGGCUAUCAACAGAUCACUUAUGUGCGGUUUGGUGCUUGCAGUUUGUAUUAAUGAUGAAUAAAUUCCUUUACAGUUUAAUUCAAUCAGAAUCAACCUCUACAAAUAGAUUCAUUGAGAACAAAGAUACAAGAAUGCGGCAAGGUUUACAUUAUUUCAAGUAUGGAAAAUUUAUCCAUGAAAAAAUAUUGCACAACAAUAUUGAAACAGAAGAAUGGGUUGAAGAUAUCCGUAGGAGUUAUCAAUAUAGAUUCGAUGAAGGCCUUUCAAAAACCCUCGUACAGAUGAUACCACUGAACAAAAACUCAUUAUAUGCAAAUCUUAAGGUAGAAGUGAUGAAUGUUAACACCAAUGAUUGGCUUUUUGGUUGUGCAGCUUUUGAAAUGGAUACGAAUAUGAGAUAUUGUUCGACUGCAUCCUAUUUGUCCAACCAUACUUAUGUUUUACCUUUCCACGAGAAUCAACGUCAAAUAGCGCAUCUGAAUUUACAUCAAAUCAAAGAAAACAAUCCAACCUGGACUCAUAUUUUAUUGAAGUUCCCGAAAACGAAAAAGCCAACACGAUUUGUCGUUGAUAUAACUGACAGUAGUGACAGACUUUUGAGUAUUCAAAUGCCCCGAUGGUUUUCCUUCACGAAUUUUCAACUGCAAGAUGUGACCAGCUUUGGCAGUACCUAUUACAAGUUGAAUGUACACGGAUUAACCUACAGUUAUCAGGCACUGGCGAUAAAUGUUGAUGUUGUAUCCUGUAGUAUAUACAACCCAUCAGUGAUUGCAUAUUUUCAGCUGCCAUGGGAUGAUAAAUUCAACAGAUAUUCUGUUCAUUACAAUAAGAAUCGUUCCACAAUUUAUGGACUUACACCUGUGAACAUACCGAGUGGCUACAACUCGUCCGCCAAUCCCAUCCAUGUUACACUACACUUGAGCCCGGAUUGUCGCUAUAAGAUAAGUUACCACCAGUCAUUUAGCGUGAUGAUGGCUAGAAUCGUUCAACAUUUCGGUCACUGGAUUCCAGCACACUGCGUAGCGAUUAUACUAUUAUCGCUGAAACAUCAAAUUUCGGUAACGCCAAAUAGUAAAUGGUUCGGCUGUGGAAAAUUUCAUUCUGCGUUGAUCAAAAGCACACCAAUUUUCGCAAUUACGGCUUCUAGAGUAUUUGCAAAAUUAACCCUAAUGUUCAAGGUGUUGCCACAACCGGAAUAUUUUGAUUCCCCUAUUUUGAUAUCCAUCAUUAUCCAUGGAGCUGCACUUGCAAUUUUAUUAAUUUUAACCGGUGUAAUAUGGGCAGUUAUAGCGUUCUGUGGAAAUGUAAUUCACAAACUUAUACUGAGGAUCGUUUCGCUCCCGAUCCCAUCAUUGUCAUCAACUGUUGUAUCUUGCAUACAAAAAGUGCCAAUUAUCUUCGGGGUUAUCAGCGUUCUGGUAUCUAUGGUAUCGUGUGGUUGUGUUGCGCUGGUACUAGCAAAUGUGAUCUAUUUCAUUCUCCUCACUAAAAUGUACGAAGAAUAUUUAGAACAUUUCGUCUUCAAGACAGCUCAACGUAUUGCUCAAAAAAUCUUUGGUAUACGCAUUCAACCUAAACGGAAGAAACCGGUACCCGAGAACGACGACUCACACAAAAAUGAUUCUGGGAAUACAGACGAUAUAGCCGAAAUUCCGGGAGAAGAAAAUAAAAAACUACAUGACGGGCUAGUCAACAUUAAUUUUCAUUUACCCUUGUUUCUGCUCCUCGUUAUAGCAUCGUUAUUAAAUUUUCCAAGCUUCAUAACUUGGGCGAAAACAUACAGAUAUGUUCCUUCACUUGUGCCAGAUGCUUCUCUAAUUCCAUCUAUAAUAAUUGUUGGUUGUUUGUCCAUCUUGUGGCAGAUAGAUGCACCCAGAACAAUACAUGGUUAUAACUUUUUAGCUGGAGUGCUAUAUACUGCAGCCAUCGUGUGUAUUUUAUAUUGUCAAUCAUCUAUAUACCGGCUAAAUUUUGUUAUCUCUGGAAUUAUCGCAAUUGUAACUAUACACCAGCUAAUUGGAAGAACCAAAGAUUAUACUGUAAAAACUGAAUGAAUUGUAAUACAUUGUCGACUAUUUCAUCAAAUUUGCCUCCUUGGCACAGUAAAACAAUUAAUUUGACAUUUAACAAUUAAUAGAACAAACUAUUUCUCGUAAUAA